CUGCAGCUACCAUCAUGCACCGGUGUUUUCAUUUUCAUUCGUCUGUCUCGCGGGCAAUGCUUUGUUAUGGCGGCAUCGUUCGAAACUUACCAAAGUUCAGACGUCAACUGCUGAAAUCUUUAAAUACCCGCCUCGGCAACUCAAACCAAGGGUUUGAGUCAGGCCAACAUCAUCAUGAUGUCAUCUCCAGCUGGACUCCAGCAAGGGCAGUUUCAUUUCCUCUCCCAGUGGAUGCCAGACAGCUCCCGCGCUGGGGUGAUAUUAAACGGGUCCCCAGGAGAAGCCGGUUCCGAGUCAGUCCGGAGCAGCGGCAGUCUGGUGGUUCGGGACCCAGAUGACUCCUUUAGCUGUCAGUUUGCCCCACUGCCUAUCUCCCGAAGCAGCAGCUGUGCCAGCGUGGAUGUGUGUAGUCCAGGUGGAAGUGGCAAGACACUCAGGGAAACUGAGUUGUUUGAUGCAUCUUUAAACAGUGAGAUGCAAAGUAUCCAAGAUGUUUUAAGAAACACACGGGAUCUGCCAUUAAUAGCUAAGCUUGACCAGCUGAAACAAAUGCAACAUCGCAUGCAGGAGCAGCUAAAAGCCCAUCAGCAGGAACAGCUGCUUAGAUUACAACAUGAACCACAAAGGCUUCUGGGAAAACCACAGAAUACUGCAGAGACCAGUAUGUUGAACCAGGAACAAAGUGUGGUGGAGUUAAACACUGGACAUGAUGACACUGAUCCUGAUUAUGAAGAAUCACUUCAGUCAACGAUAGAAGAUCAAACUCUGUAUAGAAAAGGAUGUAACUCAGAGCCACAGGACAGACCUAUCAAAUCAGGUUUGAGAACAUUUGAGGAAAUACUGGAAGAGCAGCUCAAGAUGGAAAACCAGAGACUGAUGGGCAAGAAUGCUCCAGCUGAAAGUGUGAAGGUAAAGAGACCCUUUCUUAAACGAGGAGAAGGUCUGACCAGGUUUACCAAGGGAAAAGCCGUUGUGCCAUCACACAAAAGCAGUCCAUCUAACCCCAAGCCCUACUCAUGCCCAAAUCCAAAACUUUCCCAAGGCCCAGACAUGAAGUCCAAGAGGAAGUCCAUAAUAAACAAAACUGAAGGCUCAAAAACAACACACCAUGUGAUCCAACGCAAGACUGCUAUGCUCAACAAAGAGAACUUUCCUCAGAAUAAAACCAUAGCACCAGUCACCAAGAUGACAGUUCAACCUCAUGUUCUUGUUGCACACCAGGGUCAGAAUAUGGGCUCCAUCUCAGCUCAGUUCCAGCGAAAACCUGAUCCCUUAUCCAAGCAGAAAAUCAACAGUGUCCCUACAACAAACAGCAAUAAGGAACAAGCAUGUAAUCGCAUGGAGGAUAAUGCUCGUGUUGCAGAAAACUCAUUUGAGGUGUGGUUUACGGAGCGGAGGGAGCGCUGGGAACAAGAUCACCAGCGUGAAUGUGUUGAACUCGGCGAGUUUGAGUUGCUAGAAAGAGCAGCAGAUGAAAUAUCCUUUUCUAGCAACUCAUCCUUCAUCAGCACCCUCCUUCAGAAAGACCAUAGACGUCUCUCCUCCACACCCAUCAAAUCGACCUAUCAAUUUGCACAAGGGCCCACAGUAGCUCCUGGUCCCACAUUGGGUCAUAGCUUACCAGUGCCGCCUACAAACACUGCGAUACAGAGAGACCUCAUUGGCACGAGGCCGAACGAUCUAAUGAAAGGAUUCUCUGAAGAGGAAACUGAUGAAAAGUUGGAUGACAACUCAUUGUGCAGUAACUCGGAGUUGCAACCCCUUCCCAACAUGUCCAAUCCACCUAUAAGCCAUUGCUUUCAAGUGCCCACCACUCUGCCUUACGAUAAACGCACCUAUCAAGACAGGGACGGAGCCAGCAGUCCAGAGGGGGAUGAAAGGAAUUCGAGUAACAAUGGAGACUCUACUCUUGUAGAAUCAAGGGUCCAGUUAGAGUUUGAUGAUGAUGAUACCUGGAAUGAACCUGAGGAUGAGUCCUGCUGUCCUGCAGAGGAAUCCUUACCAGAGAGGGCACUGAAAAGGAAGGUUGCCUUUUCUAAGGGGGUAAAACCAGUAGGUGGUAGUCCACAUGCAGUUGGAAAUCAGAAAGAAGCCCCACCUACAUGCCAGUUGGUAUCAAAGCUGUUUCCAGUGCUAAAGGCUAAACCUUCUCCUCCAGUAACUACGCAGGAACCACAGAACAUGCCCAGUGAAGAAGGAGCAGCUCAAUCAAGACUUCUUCGUGAGCGUUUGGUGGAGCUGGAAACAGAGAUUGAAAGGUUCAAAUCUGAGAAUGCGACACUGGCCAAACUAAAGCAGGAGAACCAGGAAACAAGAGAUAAGCUUAAGAAAGACAGGGCUGAAUUUGAAAAGAAGAGAAUGGAAGAAAUUGCAAAGUGGGAGGAGUUUAAAAGAGAGGAAAAUAAGAAACUGCAGCGUGAAAAGAAGCUUUUUGAAAAGCAUGCAGCAACUGUGAGAGCAAGACCUGACAAACAAGAACGAGAUGAGAUCCAGGCUCUAAAGCAGCAAUUAAACGUGCUGCAGGAGGAUCUGCGCAAACGAGAGGCUCGUUGGAGCAACACGCAGAGCCGUCUCCGGCAGCAGGUAGACUCUCUGAGUGCAGAGAACGCAUCCCUUAGAGACCAAGUGCGGACACUGGAGAAACUGCGUCUCAGUGCGUGGAAGAGUGCUGAGAAAGAGAAGGAAAAAGGAAGGUUUUCUGCGUCUAGCAGUAGAACUAGUACUGGAUCCAAAUGUACAGGUUCCACGAGUCCCUCCCUGAGUUCAAAAAGCAACAGCAGCAGAAAGGGAAGUCCAGAGACACAUAUUCCUCUCACAGACUCAGCUUUUUUCCCUGAGCAAAUGAAAGAGGGUAUCAGCUUCAAAAGUGAGCACAGUCCAGUGGGAACUCAGUGUUCAGAUGGACUGGUUAUGACUCAGAGGAACCAUGAUGCUCCACUGAUUAACUCUCUCCCUAACACAGCUGUCAUUGGACAGUCAGAGGAGGAACAGGAAGAGAUCACGCAGUCAGACAGCAAGAUUGAGAAGGUUCUUCCUGAUGGAGGCCGACUUGUUGUUUUUCCAAAUGGCACAAGGAAAGAGCUCUCUGCUGACGGACAGACUGUCAAAGUCAUGUUUUUCAACGGGGAUGUAAAACAUACAAUGCCUGAUCACAGAGUGAUUUAUUACUACGCAGAAGCUCAGACCACACACAUCACCUACCCUGAUGGGAUGGAAGUGCUUCAGUUUCCUAACAAUCAAACAGAGAAACACUUCCCAGAUGGACGUAAGGAAAUCACUUUUCCUGAUCAGACGGUCAAGACUCUUUAUCCUGAUGGAAGAGAAGAAAGUGUACUGACAGAUGGAACAAUAAUACAGCUGAAUCCGGAUGGUAGUAAGGUAAUCCAGUUUAACACAGGUCAGCGUGAGAUCCACACUACAGAUUUUAAAAGACGGGAAUAUCCAGAUGGUACGAUUAAAACAGUUUACUCAGAUGGACGGCAGGAGACACAAUACCCAACAGGACGUGUGCGGUUAAAAGAUGCACAGGGUCAUGUCAUUAUGGACACUAAGGCAUGAAUGUUAUCAAAAUAUUCUGUUUUAUUGAAGGAAAACUAAUGGGAUUGAAUGAAUUUAAGUGAAAGUGUGUGUAUUUUGUAAAUGUCAAUUAUUUAUUUCUGUAAAAAAAAUCUUUGUAUGUUGAGUUUAAACAGUUGUGUGUGAAAGUGUAGUUCUAAAUGAUACUUUUUAGAGAAAUAAAAUAGGCUUGAUGCCA